AUGGAGAAGUUGUUGAAUGCUUGGAACAAAUCUCUAUCAGAUUAUCCACCUAUGCCAAUACCAGAUGAAAACAAUGAUUGGUUUUUUGGUAACAGGUUGUUGUUCGAGGAGAUGUCAUAUGAUAGGGAAGCUCUAAUGCAUCAACAUAAUUCGUUGCAUCCGAAAAUAACUGACGAACAGUUACUCAUCUACAAUAAGGUGAUGGCAGAUGUUGAAACGGAGAAAGGUGGAAUGUAUUUCGUUUAUGGUUAUGGUGGAACAGGAAAAACCUUUUUGUGGAAGACAAUUUCAGCAGCUUUAUGGUCCAAAGGUGAAGUCGUUCUAAAUGUAGCAUCAAGCGGUAUAGCUUCAUUGCUGCUACCUGGUGGGAGGACUGCACACUCCAGGUUUGCUAUACCAAUUGCUGUUACUGAAGAUUCCACUUGCAACAUUAAGCAACGCAGUCCACUUGCUGAAUUGAUAAUCAAAUCCAAACUAAUAAUUUGGGAUGAAGCUCCGAUGAUGCACAAACAUUGUUUUGAAGCAUUGGACCGAACAAUGAGAGAUUUAAUGCGUUUCAAAAAUUCUAAGAGCUCAACAAUGACAUUUGGAGGGAAAAACAGUGUUCUUCGUUUAACGAAGAAUUUAAGAUUGCGAGGUGUUAGUAAUGAAGACGGUGUUGAGAAGUUAGAUAGUUUUGCCAAGUGGAUUGCAGAUUUAGGUGAUGGUAAACUUGGUGAAGACAAUGGUGUUGAUUGCAAUAUAAUGAUACCGUCUUCAAUUGUAUUAGAAAAUGAGGUUGAUCCUAUUAGACAAAUUGUUGAAAGCACAUUCCCUGAAUACUGUUCUGGGAACAUGGAUGAAAGACAGCUAGAGAAUAGAGCUAUUCUAGCUCCAACAUUAGAUGUUGUUGACGAGGUCAAUGAAUACAUGAAUGGUAUUAAUCAAGCUGCAUCCAUGACAUACUUGAGUUGUGAUUCUGUUUGCAAGGCGGAGACAAACUUUGAUAUGCAAUCUCAGAUCACUCAUUGGGAUUGUGCAAUGGUACAAGGUUAA